AUGGGCAAAUCCACGUUUACUAUCCUGGCGGAGAAGUUGCUGGAGGCCAGCAAGUUGCUUGACGCUCACAGCGAGUCCAGUGGUCUUCCCCCCGCCACCUUUGACAACGAGACUUUCAUUGACCUACCGGAUGAGAUUGAGAAGCACCGCAAGGCAAUGAUAGAUGUGGCCCAAGAUAUCAAGCGGCUCGCUCAGGGCCCACGAGAUCUUCUCUUCGAAACCUGCAAUACUUUCAAUGAUCUAGCGAAUCUUCAUUUCAUCUACCAUUUCCGUAUUCCGCAAUGUGUGCCUCUGCAGGGGGGCGUGUCGUACGAGGAACUGGCGGUCACGACAGGGCUCGAUACGGUUCUGCUCCGGCGCAUGAUCCGCCACUCUAUCAUCAACAGAGUACUCGCCGAGUCAAGCCAGGGGCACGUCAAGCACUCAGCAGCGUCAAGGAUCCUCCAUGAGGAGACAGGCUCAAUGGAUGCCAUAGGAUUUUGGCUGGAGGAGCUGUUCCCUGCGGCUCCCAAAAUGGUCGAAGCUUUGAAGAAGUACUCGGGGUCCGGUGAGCCUAAUGAGACCGCGUUCAACCUGGCUUUCAACACUAGUCGACCAUUCUACCUGGAGCUGGAGACUUCACCGGAGCGAGCCCGCCGUUUUGGUAGCGCCAUGCGCUGGAUGUCCCAAGGCGGCCGGUUCUCUCACGAUUACCUCGUCCGAGGGUAUUACUGGGCUGCUUUUGACCACACGGAGGGCCUGAUGGUUGACGUAGGAGGAGGCCAUGGGGCCGUUUCUUUGGCAUUGGCCCGGGCAACCGCGCAAAUGAAGUUCAUCGUCCAAGAUCUACCGAACACAGUUGAGCAAGGCCGGACCCUCCUCCCCAGCGAGCUACAAGGCCGCCUUUCCUUCAUGGAGCACGACUUCUUCGACUUGCAGCCCGUCAAAGGCGCUGACAUCUACUUCAUGAGAUACAUCCUGCACAACUGGUCGGACAAGUACGCCGCACGUAUCCUGGAAAACAUCGUGCCGGCGCUCAAGGAUGGUGCCAGGAUUGUUUGCUGCGAGUUUCUGCCUGGUGACGAGGCCACCACCAGGUGGACCGACAAGCAGCCACUCAACAUGGACAUGAUCCAGGCGAUUGGGUGGAACUCGAUUGAGAGAACGGCAUCGGACUGGAAGAGGUUGUUCUCCUCCGUGGACAGUCGUCUUGUGUUCAAAGGGGCCUGGACGCCAGAGGGCUGUUCCGUGUCGUUGAUUGAAGCCCAGUUCCAGUCUCAGCAUGUUGCAACUCAUAUGGGCGACCACGAUCGUUCCCCAGUCGAUCAAUCGAACAUUUGA